CCAAUGAAAAUGUUGGAGAGGAAGGUUCGACUCGUCACCGCCAGCCAAUCGUGACGCAUCUCAGAGUGACGCAUCCUCCCAUCAGCUGUUUUUGUUUUGCAGUGUGAAUAUUGAAAGUUAAUAACACAAUAAUAACACAGUCGACUGACUAAAGUGAAAAGCCUUGCUAAGGAGGUGUAGUCGUCUAUCUUUAGUGUCGCUCACAUUCGGGAGAGUUCACUCGGUGUGUAAUGUGUGCCACCUGAUUCAGUCUGCCCGGACAUUCCUCUUCCCGAAGAGUGUGAGCGUGGCGCUUUGGAGUCGGGGAGCAGAGGAGGGGGAAGCGGGGAUCGACCCGAGCCCAAGGCCUCCGACCUCGGCCGGCUAGAGGAGAGCGAAUUCGGCGGCUCGGAUGGAGUCCCAGGACGUGCCGGACGGCCCUACGGUGCACCGAGGCUUCAUCUGUGCGUCGUUUAACCAGGACACCACUUCUCUGUCAGUGGGCACCAAGACCGGCUACCGACUCUUCUCAGUCACUGCUGUGGACAAACUGGACUGCAUCCAUGAGGGAGUUGAGUGCCCGGACGUGUACAUAGUGGAGCGGCUGUUCUCCAGCAGUCUGGUGGUGGUGGUCAGUCUGUCCAUGCCGCGGCGAAUGAACGUCUACCAUUUCAAGAAAGGCACAGAGAUUUGCAAUUACAGCUACUCCAACAACAUCCUCUCCGUCAGGCUCAACAGACAGCGGCUGGUCGUGUGCCUGGAGGAGUCAAUCUACAUCCACAAUAUCAAAGACAUGAAACUACUCAAGACCCUGCUCAACACACCCACCAACCCCUCAGGUCUCUGCGCUCUCUCCGUCAACCACAGUAACUCCUACCUGGCGUACCCUGGCAGUGCCACCAUCGGCGAGAUCACAAUCUAUGAUGCCAACAACCUGAGUACGGUGACGCUGAUCCAAGCCCAUGACAGUCCCUUGGCAGCUCUCACCUUCAAUGCCUCUGGCACCAAACUGGCCAGCGCUUCGGAGAAAGGUACUGUUAUCAGAGUCUUCAGUGUUCCUGAGGGACAGAAACUGUUUGAAUUCCGGCGAGGGAUGAAGAGGUAUGUUAGCAUCAGUUCAUUGUCCUUCAGUGCGGAUGCUCAGUUCCUGUGUGCCUCCAGCAACACUGAGACGGUUCAUAUCUUUAAACUGGAGCAGCACAGCCCCAGUCAAGAGGAGGAGUCUCCUACAUGGUCAGCAUAUGUGGGGAAAAUGUUCACAGCAGCCAGCACCUACUUGCCCACCCAGGUGUCUGACAUGAUGCAUCAGGACAGAGCCUUUGCCACUGUACGACUCAAUAUGUUCGGCCUAAAGAACAUCUGCGCCCUGGCUACGAUUCAGAAGCUCCCUCGCCUGCUGGUGGCGUCCUCAGACGGGUAUCUCUACAUCUAUAAUGUGGAUCCACAGGAUGGAGGCGAGUGUGUCCUUGUCCAAAAACACAGGCUGUUUGACUCCAGUGAGGAGCCGGUGGAACAGAAGGAAGAGGAGAAACCAGAGGAUAUCUCUCCCCAACCAUCCAGCCAAUCAUAUGCUGCCACUGUGGCACUCCCUUCGACCCCACCCUCCUCCACCACUCUCAUGGGCUACUCUGAGGAUGGUGGAGCCCAGAAGGGCGAGGUCAUCCCUGAGCAUGAAUUCGCAGAAGGUCCCGUCUGUCUGGAUGAUGAGAAUGAGUUUCCACCAGUUGGCAACCAGAGUAACUGACCAAACCCCUGCCCCCUCCUCAUCCCUGCCUAACAAUCAGACUCAUUUGAUUUAAAACAGGGAGGAUGGACAAAAAUAUUCCUGACGUGUUGAGACAUUGUGGCAGCCCCACCCUCCCACAUGUGCCCCUGCUGGCCUAGGGUCAAAACGUGCCAGAGUGCUACUUCCUGGUGUUUCUGUAUUCUGCAUCCCUCUCACUUUUUAUAAGUAAGAAAGAUUUAAAAAAAAAAAAAAAAACACUAAAAAAAUGAGUGGAAGGUCCACUCAUCAUUAAAAUAACACAUUCAGAGCAUUUAAGCUGUUUGUUUAGACAGAUUCAAAGCCUGUCUAAAGAGUCCCACUGUUAACUCCCAUAUUACACCGUAGAAAACAGUGUUAAUCCUUUUUUAAAAUACUGACCUGAUAUCACAGUGACAUUAUUGUUGCACAAUAUUAUCACGGCAGCAAGCGGCAGGGGCCUGGCCUGCAGCUGUUGUAUAGUAACUAGGUGCCAGAUUCACAAAAAUGCUCUUAAGCAAGAUUCUACGAAAUCACACAAGAGGUAAUUUUAGCGGCUUCUUACAAGCCAAAUAAUCUGCAAUAAUUUGAUAAAAAACAGUCUAAUCGUUUAAGUACAUGUCCUGUUUUCCGUCACUUAGAAAUCUUUUGAAUUCGCAUCUGAAUAUCUCUCAUCAGGGCAUUUUUGUCGAUCAGGCUCCAGGACACUGGGAGCUUAUCAAUGGGCAUUAAAUGUGUCACACCUCAAGCUGUGGUUCAUUCGCGAAGGAGAAGAUGUUGUAAGUGUGAUACACUAUUUAAAUCAUGAUAACAUGCAGUAAGGAUUACAUGACUUGCAGGUGCAGCUGCGAUACUAAUUAUGGUAGCGAUAGAUGAGACUGAAAACCCGUGGAGUCACAAAUGUAACCUGAUAAUGUAUCUGGAGGAGCCGGCUCUGUGGGAGCUGCGGUAAACAGCUAAAUGUGAAAAGCUUGAUGACGAACUGUACGUGACAAAGUUACAGGUCCAUGAAUUUCAGUGAUAUCCUGAAGACCUUUUUAUUUACAACAUGAUGCUGAAUAUGUUAACAUGUUAAGUCAUAGUCAUUUUUACUUUGAUGUAUUAAUUAUUCUUUUGCAAAAUGUUUUUAAGUAUUACACAUCAAUGCAUAGACUGACCAUGCGUAAAUAUAUAUUGAGGAUUUUUACUGUGUGUAUAAUGUACAUAUAACAUUUAUAUAUAGUACUGUUGUAAUAAGUAACAUGGUAAUACCAUUUGAGUUGCCAAAAGGUGGCACUGUUAGGACACCCUUACGCUGCAUUGAGCUGUUCAGUACUGGACAUUUACCACAGAGACUCAUUAAAGCUGAGAAGUGACUCAA